AUGCUACUGAUGGUGUUGAUUUUUUUAUUGUCAUGUGUGGUAUACAUCGUACACACGUUAUUGGAUUCUUCCAACAGUUCGCACGUUUCCAACACAAUCGACGAUUUCAUUGACCUGGGGCCAGACUGCAGUGAGGAUAUCAGUGAUGUCAUCUCAGUGGAUAGGUACAAGACGGUAUAUACUGAUCCAGGCAAACAAAUACUCAUUCUGUAUGCUACUGAGUAUGGAUUCAGUGAAGAUGUUGCUAGGAAACUAUAUGACAGACUUGUUGACUUUUCUGUUUCUAAGGAUGAUAUAUUCCAACCACGCAUACUAAAUGCCAAGGAUUAUGAACUCAUCAGUUUUGAUCAAGAGCAACUUCUUUUACUUGUCAUAGCAACAAGCGGCGAUGGUGUGUCACCUUCUGAUGCUAGACCAUGGUAUAAUGAUGUCAUGACAACCGAUUCCAACCUCCGUCAUCUCAACUAUUCUGUGUUGGCUUUGGGUGAUUCUAACUAUCGAUAUUUCUGUAGAGCGGGACAAAUGAUAGAUUCCAGGUUAUUAUAUUUAGGUGCUAAUAGACUGAUUGAGAGGUCUAAUGUGGACAUGGAGGACUGGACAGUCAUCAAUGACUGGAUUAAGAAAAUUAUUAGUUGCCUAGAAACUGUUGUUAUAGAGACAAGAGUUGAUUACAUGUCAUCUCGGUUACCUUGCAACAAUGAUGGAUAUUGUCGAACACGUCCAUUUGUGGCUAAAAUGAAGGUUAAACGUAAUCUUACUACAGUUAUUGAUAGCGAUGACAAAGAAACAAUUCAUUGUGAGUUUGAUUUGAGUGGCAGUGGACUAGAAUUUAUUUCAGGCGAUGCUCUCGGGAUUUAUCCAUGCAAUGACCCAACUGAUGUAGAACAACUGUUAUCAGUUCUGGGCAGCACCGGGCAGGAGCAGCUGAACCCACCUCAGUGGGCGUAUCAACCAAAACCAGAUGGAAAAAUCUCGCUAAAAAAGUUGCUACAGAUGUAUUAUGAUUUGAAGAAUAUUAAACCAGAAUUAUUGAAAGUAAUACAGCAUGGUCAGAAAGAUAUGAACAACACACUUAAUAGACUACUUGUUGAUGGGUUAUCUGUUAAGAAAAACAAAAUGUUGGAUGAAUACCUCAAAAAAAGAGAAGUUGUUGAUGUCUUAAAAGAAUUUAAUUAUGAGAGUGUUGCCAUGGAAACCAUAUUGACUAACAUGAAAGGACUUCAGCCACGUUAUUAUUCAAUAUCAUCUUCUCCUCUAAAGGACAAAAAUACUGCUUGUAUAACUGUUGCUGUAGUGAGAUACAAAGUACUCGGCAAACUACGAUCUGGUGUUGCAACUACUCAUUUGCAAGACAGGAUGUCUGUCAUUGAAACAUGUCCUGUGUUUAUCAGCCGAAAUACAGACUUCAGGUUGCCUAUGAACAAAAACCUACCUAUUAUCAUGAUUGGCCCAGGCACAGGCAUCGCUCCAUUCAGGGCAUUUAUCCAGGAGCGAAUUCAUGAUGAGUCAGUCGGAAAGAACAUUUUAUAUUUUGGCUGUAGGAACAAAGACAAGGACUUUCUAUACCAUGAUGAGAUGGAGACGUGGGUCAAUGAGGGUCAUCUGACGCUGAGAACUGCUUUCUCAAGAGAUCAGAAAUCAAAGAUCUACGUACAAGAUUUACUCAUUCAAGAUGCAUGCCUUGUUUGGAAGACUUUACAAGAUGGAGGACAUUUGUAUGUGUGUGGUGAUGCCAAACACAUGUCCAAUGAUGUCCACAGCGCAUUGCUGGAUGUAUGUCAGUCACAGGGCAAUAUGGACCAAUCAGAAGCUUCCAAAUAUCUAACUUUAUUGGAGGAGAGUCAGAGAUAUCAGAAGGAUGUGUGGGUCACAUGA